AAUCUGGAUUUUGGUGAUUUCUAACGGAACUGUGACUAGGUUGUGCCUGUCAUCCGAGUUCCUACACUUCCUCGCCCGCCAUGUCCGCCGUUGGCCAGCACCUGGGCCAACAGCAAAAGCAGGAGCACGUCCUUGUCCCUCCUCCUCCGCCCACUCCUUCAUCUCCUCUCUCCUCUUCUGCUGGUCCAGCGGCCCUGAUUACCAAUAUCGCACCCUUCGCACCUCUUCCCCCCUCUCGAACUGUUAAGGUGGGUUGUAUUCCUCCGACAACCCUAUCCACCCAGGAUCAAGCCCAGCAGCGAGAUGCUGCCGCGCUUCAACUGCAGCCCCCCGUACAACCCCCGCUGCCCCGCAACAAUCCACCUCAACACGGCCCCUCUCUUCCUACAGCGCUCCCCGGUCUGCGUUUGCAGACGUCAAACUUAAUUGUGGCUAGCCAUCAUCCGAACGCCGGCGGGUCCUCGGCGGGGCCGUCGCGGUCGACGUCUUACGUUGAUUCGCUGUCCCCGGCCUCCGCGGCUUCGGCCUACUCCCCGGCUAUGGAAGUGCUCGCGAAGAUGACGCCCCUGCCGUCUCCUCUUGUUAGCGGCGAUUCUCCUGGCCCCUGGAAUAAAUAUCGGAGCAGAUCAAUUUCAAGAAAACCUUCGCAGUCAAGACCGACGCCAUCCCGCAGCAUCGGUGGGUCCGAGUCGGCAAUAGUUACGUCAACGGGCGAAUCGCUCUCAACGGCUCUUGCAGCCCAGACCCAACGAAAACUUUACCAGGGCUUCACUCCUGCUCCUGCUCCCGGUACUGAAUUCGCUUAUAGUAGCAACAGCGCUGCCCGAAGUAGAGACGACUUUGACCCUGGUACCCUCGCAGUGCCUCAUUCUCGAAGUCGCGAUUCUUUUAAACCAUCAUUGACCAGUGGGCCUGGGACCGAUGAGGGCGGUUCAAAUCACGAAGCAGAUGCGAGCAGUGGACCACGAAUGAGACGGGAGGACUUUUUGGCCCAGCCUCGAAGAUGGACUGUUUCGUCCACAGACUCCAGUCCUGCCCUGAGCGGUAGCGCGACAUCACUGUCCUCGAUUUCUAGUACUGAUACGGCGAUUGACGCUGCCGAAGCGAGUAGUCACUUGAUCAAGAAACACAGGUUAGAGAGUUUUGAGGCAAAGACGGUUCCCGAUAACAGGGUGCGGAAAUGGAGGGGUCUGAGAUUGCUGGGCCACGGAACUUUUAGCAAGGUCAUUCUAGCGACCUCUGAGGCUAUCCCAGACGAGGUCGAUAGCUUGGACGAUGAUGGGGUGGUGGUUGGACGAGAGCCUAUAUCGUUGGACCCAAGGAAGCUUGUGGCCGUCAAGAUUGUUGAGCAUGGUGCCGCCGGAGGAGCCUCGAAGGAGAGGGUCGAGAGCUCACUGAAACGCGAACUUGAUAUUCUCAAGUCCGUCAAGCAUCCGGCCUUGGUGAGACUUCGUGCUUACAGUAUUGAGUCCAAGAGGGCGCUGUUGAUACUACCGUAUUGCCCUGGGGGAGAUUUGUUUGACCUGGCCGCGGAUUCCAGUUUUACAUUGGAAGCUCCACUGGUUAGGCGUAUGUUUGCUGAAAUUGUCAGUGCUGUUCGGUAUUUGCACAAGAGUGGGAUAGUGCAUCGUGAUGUCAAACUGGAGAGUAUGGAAUAUAUAUAUAUUUCUUUUCCCCCAAUUUGUCUCAUCUGACCUCGGUGCUGAUGCCAUAUCAGAUGUCCUCAUAAACUACACCAGGGAUCAAUUACUUGAGAUAGCCGCCUCCCCAUACGAUGCUCCCUUCCCUAUCACGACGCUCACAGACGUCGGGCUAUCCCGCAGGGUAGACUUUAGCAGCGACGACCACCUGCUAACAACUCGUUGUGGAAGCGACGACUACGCAAGUCCAGAGCUGAUAAUGGCCCAAACAUACGAUGGUCGCCAGACAGAUGCAUGGGCGCUAGGCGUUCUCCUGUUCGCUCUGAUGGAAGGCAGACUCCCUUUCGAUCCACCUCCCGGUUCCUCAGAGCAGAAAAUGCGCAGUAAGACUGCGCAUAGAAUCGCUCGUUGCGAGUGGAAGUGGGCGAAGCUGGUGCCCAAACCUGCUGAAGUCAACUCCUCUGGUGACUCCGGCAUUGUAGUAGACGUUAAUGGCAGCGAGAGACCUCAAGGAUAUGACGCGGAGUAUGAAGGUGGGAAACGUGUCGUCGAGGGAUUGCUCAGAAGAGCUAGUAAGCGUUGGAAACUGGACAUGGUUGAGCAAGACGAGUGGGUGAAAGAGGCCAUACUCGUUGAGAUGAGAGAGCCGGAUGCACUAUAGAAUGGUAAACAUAGGCAUGGGUGGUUUUUCCAUUAUUUUCCUUACUUUUUCGCGCCGUUACGAACUCUCUUGACUUGACAUGACCCGACUACCUGAUCAUAUUUCUACCUUUUUUCUUUUCAGUCCAUCUAUCUGGGUUUGGGUUGCGUAUCGUUACCGACGUCUCUUUGGAAACGUCCAAUUUACAUUUUCUCUUCUCUCGUCAUAAAAUGAGAUCUCUUCUCUUCCUUAUUAUGUUUUCCUUUCCUUUUCAUGUUUCCUUCAGUUCCUGCAUAACGGCGUGAAAUGAUAUAAAGACAUCAAAUAAACAAAAAAAUUAAUGCAUGUUGGAUUUUUUGUCUUCUUUUUCUUUGGUAGUUGCUAUGGGGUGUACAUGUAGUUUUACUCAUUUCCUUUUAUUUCAUAGGGUUAGUUGGGCACUCUGAGGGACGGUAGAUGGGUGUUUUUUUCUUCUUUCUUUUUUCGUAAUAUUAUUUUCCCGGUUCUCCCGGCCGUUCGCUGUCAUGUAAUUAGGUGAAUAUUAUUAUACUUUCGGAACUAG